CUUCUCGCUCUGGGUUUAUUUCCUUCGUCUCCACUAUUCUUCGUUACCGAUAGGACCAGCCUUCGCCGGGAGAAAAUUUGCCGGCAACCAUGCUCCGAACUCUCUCUUGUUCCUCUUCCCUCGGUUUCUGCUCUCUCUUCUUCCGCUUCUCUCUCCGUCACUUCCCUCGCUCUUACUCCUCUCCGUCGUCUUCUGUGGCCGCCUCCUUUGCCAGCGCUUCCGGAAGAAACCUUCGACGGUUAUCUUCGGCCCCCGGUGGAAGAAGGCUCUUGCUCCGCCCUGGAUCGAGGUUGUCUCCGGCGGUGGCUCGCGGUCUCAAUGGGCAGUUCUCCCGUCUCUCUGUUCGCGCCGUCGCUACACAACCCGCACCAUCAUAUCCCGACGUAGGACAAGAUGAAGCUGAAAGGCUGGGGUUCGAGAAAGUGUCAGAAGAGUUCAUCUCCGAGUGUAAAUCAAAGGCUGUUCUUUUCAAACACAAGAAAACUGGUUGUGAGGUUAUGUCUGUAUCGAAUGAUGAUGAGAAUAAGGUGUUCGGCAUUGUUUUCAGGACUCCUCCGAAGGAUUCCACUGGCAUUCCUCACAUACUGGAACACAGUGUACUGUGUGGAUCAAGAAAGUACCCUUUGAAAGAACCAUUUGUUGAAUUAUUGAAGGGGAGUUUGCAUACUUUCUUGAAUGCAUUUACAUAUCCUGACAGGACUUGCUACCCCGUUGCUUCCACAAAUACAAAGGAUUUCUACAAUCUUGUUGAUGUAUACUUGGAUGCAGUCUUCUUCCCCAAGUGUGUGAAUGACAUUCACACUUUUCAGCAGGAGGGCUGGCACUAUGAGCUCAACGAUCCCUCAGAAGACAUAUCUUACAAAGGUGUUGUUUUUAAUGAGAUGAAAGGUGUCUACUCACAGCCUGAUAAUAUAUUAGGUCGGACUGCCCAACAGGCACUAUGCCCAGAAAAUACAUACGGUGUUGACAGCGGAGGUGAUCCAAAAAUUAUCCCCAAGCUGACAUUUGAGGAAUUCAAGGAGUUCCACCGUAAGUAUUAUCACCCAAGCAAUGCUAGGAUUUGGUUCUAUGGAGAUGAUGAUCCAGUUCACCGUCUCCACAUCUUGAGUGAAUACUUGGAUAUGUUUGAUGCAAGUCCGGCUCCAAAUGAUUCAAAAAUUGAACCACAAAGACUAUUCGCCGAGCCUCGCAGGAUAGUUGAGAAAUAUCCUGCUGGCAGAGAUGGUGACCUUAAAAAGAAGCACAUGGUGUGCCUUAACUGGCUAUUGUCUGAUAAGCCCUUGGACUUGCAAACUCAACUUGCAUUUGGAUUCUUGGAUCAUCUUAUGCUGGGGACUCCUGCUUCUCCACUAAGAAAAAUCUUAUUGGAAAGUGGUUUAGGAGAGGCCCUUGUUCGCAGUGGAAUGGAAGAUGAACUUCUGCAGCCUCAGUUCAGUAUUGGUUUGAAAGGUGUUUGUGAUGAAAAUGUUCAAAAGGUAGAAGAAUUAAUCGUGAAUACUCUUCAAAAGUUGGCAGAAGAAGGAUUUGACAGUGAUGCUAUGGAGGCAUCCAUGAAUACAAUUGAGUUUUCUCUGAGGGAAAACAAUACGGGAUCUUUUCCCCGUGGUUUAUCACUUAUGCUUCAGUCAAUGGCAAAAUGGAUAUACGACAUGGAUCCUUUUGAGCCAUUAAAGUAUGAACAGCCAUUGAAGGACCUUAAGGCCAGAAUAGCCGAGGAAGGAUCCAAGGCUGUUUUCUCCCCACUGAUUGAAGAGUUUAUCUUGAACAACCCUCAUUGUGUUACCAUAGAAAUGCAGCCUGAUCCCGAGAAAGCUUCUCAAGAGGAAGCCGAGGAGAAAAUCAUCUUAGAAAAAGUUAAAGCAAAUAUGACGCAAGAGGAUCUUGCGGAGCUAGCACGUGCCACAGAGGAGCUGAAAUUGAAACAAGAGACUCCUGAUCCUCCUGAAGCGCUAGGAUGUGUCCCAAGUUUGUCUUUGAGUGACAUUCCAAAAGAACCUAUUCAUGUUCCUACUGAGGUUGGAGAAAUUAAUGGUGUGAAGGUUUUGCGGCAUGACCUUUUUACAAAUGAUAUUCUCUACACAGAUGUAGUCUUCGAGAUGGGUUCACUGAAAAAGGAGCUUAUUCCACUAGUACCACUCUUCUGUCAAUCAUUACUGGAGAUGGGCACAAAAGAUUUGACUUUUGUGCAACUUAAUCAGUUGAUUGGAAGGAAAACUGGGGGAAUAUCAGUUUAUCCAUUUACAUCAUCGAUGAGAGGCAAGGAUGAACCAUGCAGCAAAAUUAUUGUGCGGGGAAAAUCCAUGGCUGGACACACUGAAGACCUUUUUAACCUGAUAAACUGUGUGUUGCAAGAAGUUCAGUUUACUGAUCAACAACGGUUUAAACAAUUUGUGUCUCAAAGCAAAGCACGGAUGGAGAACCGAUUGAGGGGAAGUGGUCACGGAAUCGCUGCUACAAGGAUGGAUGCAAUGGCAAAUGUCUCUGGAUGGAUGUCUGAGCAAAUGGGUGGUCUCAGUUACCUUGAAUUUCUGCAAACUCUGGAACGCAAACUGGAUCAAGAUUGGGAAGGAAUUUCAUCCUCACUCGAAGAAAUCAGGAAAUCCCUCCUCUCCAGGAACGGUUGCAUAGUCAAUAUGACCGCUGAUGGGAAGAGCCUCACAAGCAAUGAGAAAAUCGUCGGGAAAUUUCUGGAUUUGCUUCCCGAAAACCCAUCUUGUGGACCCGUCGGAUGGAAUUCUGUACUUCCUAUCAGAAAUGAAGCUAUUGUGAUACCGACCCAGGUAAACUAUGUGGGAAAAGCAGGUAACAUAUACAGUACCGGUUAUGAGCUUGAUGGAAGCGCUUAUGUUAUAUCGAAGCAUAUUAGUAAUACAUGGUUAUGGGAUCGUGUCCGUGUAAGUGGUGGUGCCUAUGGAGGUUUCUGCGAUUUCGAUACUCACUCGGGAGUGUUUUCUUUCUUAUCAUACCGAGAUCCCAACUUAUUAAAGACACUUGAUAUAUAUGACACGACUGGGGAUUUCUUACGUGGGCUCGAUCUCGACGAAGAUACACUGACAAAAGCUAUUAUUGGAACGAUCGGAGAUGUUGAUUCAUACCAGCUCCCCGAUGCCAAAGGUUAUAGCAGUUUGUUGAGACAUUUGCUGGGAGUAACGGAUGAGGAGAGGCGAAGAAGGCGAGAAGAGAUAUUGACAACAAGUUCGAACGACUUCAAAGAAUUCGCGGAAGCCAUAGAUGCCGUCAAAGAUAAAGGUGUUGUGGUAGCCGUGGCUUCUCCUGAAGACGUUGAGGCCGCGAACAAGGAACUCUCGGGUUUUUUCGAGGUGAAGAAAGCUCUCUGAAAACCCCUCGAAAUACUACCCGUCGAUUCACGCUACUGAAACAUUGAAGACUAUGUUGUCUUUCUCAUUUGUGUUUUUACUUUAGGCUUCUUCACUGCAAUACACAAAGCAUAUAUAUAUUUAGUUUGACAUUGAUCUCUUUAAUUAUGUUUUGCUAACCUCUA